GGUCCCAGACAGGUCUUCCAGAUUCACCACUCAUCCUUCCCUCUCUCUCUGCUUUGGUUUUCUGGCCCUUACUUUUGGGAUAAUGACUCCCCCUCUAACAGAGGUGAGGAGGCAUCGACCUACUGAAGAUACUCGGGAAUCUAGGGGCAAGUGGUAGUCCUUAGGAAGGCCAGAAGACUCCUGAGAGACAGAGAAAAGGGCAGCCACGAGCCCAGACCGCUGUGGGCAGGCUUUGCUGCAGAUUGGGAUCAAUAUGAUGGCACUACCUGGGGGACGCCACCUGGACUCCAUCCCCUUGCCGGGUCAGCGGCUGCACCUGAUGCAGGUGGAUUCUGUGCAGCGCUGGAUGGAGGAUCUGAAGCUCAUGACCGAGUGCGAGUGCAUGUGUGUCCUGCAGGCGAAGCCCAUCAGUCUGGAGGAAGAUUCACACGGUGACCUCAUCUUGGCGGGUGGUCCCGGUCCUGGGGACCCCCUGCAACUGCUGCUCAAGCGGGGUUGGGUCAUCAGCACCGAGCUGCGCAGGAUCGGGCAGAAGCUGGCACAGGAGCGCUGGGCGCGUGUGCACAGCAUGAGCGUGCGACUCACUUGCCACGCGCGCUCCAUGGUCAGCGAGUACAGCUCCGGCAGCAGGAGCGCCUCACAGGAGAUGGGCCAGAUUGAAAAGCUGUUAAUGGAGAAAUGUUCGGAACUCUCAGCGGUCACCGAGAGGUGUCUACAGGUGGAGAAUGAACACGUGCUGAAGUCAAUGAAGGCCUGUGUGAGUGAGACCCUGAGCACCCUGGGCCAGCACUUUGGUCAACUGCUAGAGCUGGCACUGACCCGGGAGGUGCAGGCACUGGUGAGGAAGAUCGAUGCCUCAGACAACAUCUACACCAUGGAAUCCACCACAGGGAACCUGUUUAGCCUGACCCAGGAGGGAGCUCCUCUGUGCCGCAUCAUUGCCAAGGAGGGUGGGGUCGUGGCCCUUUUCAAGGUGUGCCGGCAGGACAGUUUCCGGUGCUUGUAUCCCCAGGUACUCCGCACGCUGGCCUCCAUCUGCUGUGUGGAAGAGGGUGUCCACCAGUUGGAGAAGGUGGAUGGGGUUCUGUGUUUGGCAGACAUCUUGACCGACAACAGCCACUCAGAGGCCACCCGGGCUGAGGCUGCGGCUGUGGUGGCUCAGGUCACAUCCCCCCACCUGUCCUUCACCCAGCACCUCAGCAGCUUCCUGGAGAGCAUGGAGGAGAUCGUGACGGCUCUCAUCAAACUGUGCCAAGAGGCGUCCUCUGGAGAAGUCUUCCUGUUGGCCUCUGUGGCCCUUGCCAAUAUCACCUUCUUUGACACAAUGGCCUGUGAAAUGCUCCUGCAGUUGAAUGCUAUCCGUGUCCUUCUGGAAGCCUGCAGUGACAAGCAGAGAGUGGAUACACCUUAUACACGUGACCAGAUUGUGACCAUAUUGGCAAACAUGUCUGUCCUGGAACAGUGUGCCUCUGACAUGAUUCAGGAGAAUGGGGUGCAGCUUAUUUUGGGUAUGCUGUCCGAGAAGCCAAGGUCUGGAACCCCUGCAGAAGUGGCAGCCUGUGAGCGAGUCCAGCAGAAGGCUGCAGUGACUUUGGCACGACUCAGCAGAGACCCAGAAGUGGCUCGUGAGGCUGUUCGGCUGAGCUGUAUGUCCCGGCUCAUUGAGCUCUGUCGGUCACCCUCGGAGAGGAACAGCAGUGAUGCAGUACUGGUAGCCUGCCUGGCUGCUCUAAGGAGGCUGGCUGGGGUGUGCCCUGAAGGCCUCCAGGACUCCGAUUUCCAGCAACUGGUCCAGCCUCGACUUGUGGACUCUUUCUUACUCUGCAGCAACAUGGAGGAGAGUUUUGUGUAGCAAGUGUGGGAAAGGAAAGGCCUCCAGCUCAGUUCUCCUGUACCCUCUGAGUACAAACCUGUGAACACACCUGAGCAUUCACUUCCCCUUGCCUCUUAUUUAUACUUAAUUUAUUUUUUACAUGAAAUGGAGAGCAGAUUAGAUAUUUUUGCUGUAUAAUCAGGCAUUCUUGCUCUUGUGGGUCUUUUUUUACUUCUUCUUUUUGACUUCUGUAACUUCUCAGUUACAGAUGUUGAAAUACAUAAUAACUAAUAUGACAGAUUGUCAUGGGUGCUUUCCCUUCCUCUUGCUUCAUCUACUCUUACUAUGCAAUGUGCUUUAUUAUUUUUUACUUUGGAGCCAGGGCAUUUUAAUUGCUCAGCAAUUUUUUAAAAUGUUGGGUUUGCUCUUUCUAAAAACUUUUAAAUAAAUUUCAUAGUUGGAAAGAACAUUUUAUUCUUUAAUAAAUGCAAUAAUGAAAAACAUGUUUUAGAUUUUUCUGAUUAAAUUCUGUUUUUAGAAUAGCAUCUUUCUUUCCAAGGUUUCUUGCCACAAAACUCCUUUCAGCUACUAAAAUCACAUAGAUAGAUACAUUGUUUUUAUAGGUGCAUAAAGAGGUCAAGUUCUGAUGAUUAAGUGAAAAUUGACAAUGCAUUUAAGGAAUAUAUUUAAAGUCUCCAGAAGCAGUUUCUAUUAGAAUUUUCUGCUCAUGUAUAACCUGAUGAAAUAAUUCUUCAGAUGAGAUUAUAGUGACUAUCUCUCCAACAGUAGAUUGAAAGUAGUUGUAUACAGCAGUUGAUUUAUGCCAACUGACAAGGGACAACUAGGAGAAUUUCUUCUCAAAUAUACAUUCAGUAACCUCUUCUAGGUAGAAUAAAAUUGUA